GCAAUCGAGUGCAGAAACCACACAGUUUUAAACGAGGCAAGCAGAUCUAGGUUUUUUACCAACUACGUUCACGCCAGCGAUACCUUACUAUUGGGCUGGUUUACAUACAAUGGCUCAGCCGGUACGCGCAUGGCUACAACCUGCGUUCCCGCUGAUCACUGCGGUACGUUCGUUCCUGGAUGGCUGGCGGGUAACCAUCCAAGUGUAGACGAAGGUUUAGUAGUACGAUCAGUAUGUCUCUCCAAGUCGCAAGUUUGUUGCAUGACGUCUGUGAGUGUACUUGUGAGGAACUGCAGCGGCUUCUUUGUUUACAAACUGGACGUGAAUGCAAGUUUAAGCUUUACUUUUCGAGUGUGUGGAGCUGGUAUUGAAGGUAAUGUAAUAUUCUUCGACCUCCAUUUGUAGAGGAAAACCCUUAGAGAUUGCAAUGUGAAUGCUUCCUCCAUCGUCUACCAUCCACUUGCAAAUCAUAACCACGAUAUUACAGACACUUUGUUUUUGCUUUUUUAUUCAAAUAAAAGUUAUUGGCAGUUGUUUGAGAUGUAAAAUUAAUUCUUUAUCGAGAGGAGGAGGUUUCAUCCAUUUUGCGUCCCUUAGGGGAGGCAUGGGUGUUAGUUAACUUGGUAUCCCACCUUUUAACCCAAAGGUUUGCUGAUACUGACUUCAAUUCAUAAAAUCUGGACAAAUUUUCUCAGAGAGCCUUUUUUUUUAUUUCAGGAUCAUUGCCGCCUAAGCAAGUAGCAAUCAAGAAUAAGUUAGGUAAUAUAAGAAAGACAGUUUAAAGUCUUUAAAAAUGAUAAUGAAUUGAUUGAUUGUUUAACUGUGAGUGAAAGUUCAACUUGAACACAGACACUAGUAUUCUAUUUGAUAAUCUUUUCAUAAUGUCAAGAUGAACAUGCGAUAUGGAAAAGAGUUACCCUUUUAAAAGAGUUAUCCGCGUUAACUUUAUAAGGUUAUUUCAGAUCUAAUCUCAUUUACCAUGAUUGUUUACUUCGUUAAACCAAGCAACACGAGGUUCAGUCUUUAAACAGAAACGUGUUAGGAAAAAUUGUGCCGAAACGUUUGAAGCUUGGUCAUUGUAAUUAAAAGAAUGAUCGACUCUACGUUUCAAAUAAACAAAAGAAUUUCAUAUCGUCCAUUGUUAUUGUUUGUUUUGAUAACUGUUUGUUUGUUUGUUUAAUUGUUAUUAGGCGAUGAAUGCACCGACUACAACACACUCAGCGCACGUGAUAGAGCCGCGGACUAUUUCAGUUACAACACUUUGAAGUGUGACGCCUACCUACCCAGUGGCUGGUACAGGCUGGCUGGCCGCGCAGGGACUGUUAUGCCGACACAUUGCGUGCCCAGAAUGCAUUGUGGUACUCUGUCACCUGGUUGGUUGAAUGGCAAGCAUCCAACUGUGGAGGAGGGUGUGGUGCAGCGUAUGGUUUGUUUUACAAAGGAUACCAAUUGCUGUCACUGGUAUAGUUUGGUGUUAGUGAAAAACUGCAGUGGUUUUAUGGUGUACAAAUUUGGACCCUUUCCUACAGGUGUAGACUCCUGCAGCUUGCGAUACUGUGGAGGUGGAGAAGCCGGAGAAGCUGGUAAGUGACACAUAAACCAGUUAUGAACUGAUCAUUAUUUAUCGGCCGGGGGGGGGGGAAGAAGUACGAUGAAUUUGGUUGUGAUCCCCCCCUAAGGCUCUAUAAUAUUGUUAUGGUCCCCCUUUCAUUGGAAGUUGAUUGGCAAUCGAUUUUCUUUGGUACCUCCCUCUUUAUAAUAUAUAGGGGUCGACUGAACUCCCCCUAAAAGCCAUGUGUUCCCGCCCCCCCCCCCCAAAUUCUCCUUAUCUCGUCCUCCCAGAUGAUAAAUCAUGGAUUUUUCCUGUAAAAGAAACAACCGAAUAGAUAAAACUGCGGAAACCAGAUUCCACAUGGCUAAAUACUUCCAUUCCAUCGUUGUUAGAAGACUUUGAUCCCAAUAAAAUGAGGUAGUUUUAGUUUUUUUACAAAUGGCCAUUAGUGCGCAAAGUGAGACCCGAGACCUGAGACCCGAGACCGAGACGAGAAAUGGCGAGACCCGUGAGACCUUAGGUAGACCUGAGACCUGAGACUGGGAGAAGAGGACCCGAGACCCGAGACCCGAGACCCGAGACCCGAGACCCGAGACCCGAGACCCGAGACCCGAGACCCGAGACCCGAGAGACCCGAGACCUGAGACCCGAGACCUGAGACUGCCUGAGACCCGAGACGAGACCUGAGAGAACCCGAGACCUGAGACCCGAGACCCGAGACCUGAGACCUGAGUGAGACCCGAGACCCGAGACCCUUGGUCGCCCAUCGAGAAUUUUUGCGUUAAUUGGUCGCCCUAUUAAUUUAUAUUAGGUUGCAGAGACAAAGAAGGAAACAGUUAUGACGUAUGGCAGAGUUGGAACCCAAAUCCUUUGUUCAAAUGUACAUGUACACCCAAUCUAAAAGUCGAGUGCCAAAAAACUGAAAGCGGAUGCUGGGAUUCCCAUGGAAACGCUUUUGUGGAUGGACAUGAGUGGCUUAGCAACAACAUGACUAAGUGUACCUGUAGCAAUGGAAAGAUAACCUGUACCAAGCUCUCUCGGCCAGCCUGCACCGAUGAGAAAGGCAUGGUGCGGGAACAUGGUACCCACUGGCUUUCCGGAGUCUGUUUCAAUUGCUCAUGCGUGGAUGGUUUGAUCAGUUGUGAAAAGUAUCGCGUGACUAUCAAGUAUGGGUUAUUCCAAGUUGAGACAGUUGGAAGAUGUAUGCCAUGUCAUCAGCCAAGUGACGAUAUUUUACCAACAGGGGAUGGGACAGUCGCUGCUUGCCAGGGUGGGUGUCAAUAAUAAAUGAGGUGUCGUUGUUAAAUCACUACAAUGAUGAAAUAUGAUUGUUUGUUAUUUAUCAUGUAGUUACUCUCGAUCUGAAUCACGGGUUUAUAUUGAUUUUUCUCUAUUGCAACCCCCCCUCGUAACAUAAAACAAAAACGCACCCACCUUAAUCAGUUGAAGGAUGUGGAGUGAAAUCGCAGAGAUGGUAAGAGGCGAUAUUGUAAUGGUGAGAAAUCAUCAGUUAUCGAAUCAAAUAUCGAAAAUGACUACUUUCCGGCCAAGUUGAGCCAAGUGUUUUUUCACACUUACCUCCCCUACCAGUAGAGAGAGCGACUCGUUUUGAUCGACCAACGAAUAACAUUUACACAGUACAAUUUUCCAUGUUAAAAGCUUCUCUUUCCAGUUUUAUUUCAGCUCAAGGCUUUAAAAGAGGUAUUUGGUUGUUCCAGUGGGGACUUCGUAAGGAAAGAACACGUGUGUAAUGGAGUCGUCGAGUGUCCGGACGCUUCUGAUGAGGCGCAGUGCCAGAAUGGUGAGUUAAUGAAUCCGGCUUUUUCAAGUAACUGAGUUUUCACUAAUCUAACCACACCCUAUAUCACUCCUCCCUGCCUCCCUAUUUCCCCCUUUCCUCCUCCCCCCCCCCAUCGCUCAAACGAAAAAGAGAGGAAUAAAAACCAUCGGAGACAAACUUAAUUAAAAAUAAAUACUGAUGAUUCUGUUCCAUGUUGAUAUUUCAGUUAUUUGUCGCGAUGAGGAAGGGCAGAUUCUAAUUCUAAAAGAUGUUUGGAAGGUAAAUUUUCAUACCUAUGGCAAACCUUGUAAAAAUUCCACCCUUAGAAUAACUAAAGCAUUACACUGAUUUAUCAUUUGGAAAGCUUAGCGUUUAUUUUUUUUGGAAUGUCAGCUCGAAUAACAUUUGAAGAAUUCAUUGUUAACAUCAUUCCAGGUGUCCGACUGUCUCAUUUGCAAGUGUAUAGAGGGUCGUCUAAAAUGCCAGAGGACACUUCAAGUUAUCUUCCCGGGCAAACACUUGGCAUACGUGCCUUUUACUGAGUCCUGUGAACAACCAGGAUGUAACGCUGUGGAGUUUAUUAAAGCUAGGAGAGAAUCUUGUGAAGGUACACGUAAAAUUAAAGAGUUAAACUUAAUUUAAGCCCAGCUACCUUAGAGAUCACUUAUACCAAUUUAGCAUACACCAUCAGGAUUCGCUUAAUAGAUCUAUACUUAUCAAAAAAGGCUACUAAAUGUUGACCCGAGCGGAAAUUGAAAUCAACGCAAAAACCAUCCACAACUAUUUGGAAACCUUAGGAACUGGUCAAUAUUCAUCAGCCAGAGGGAAGGUUGGGGGGUUUUGGUUGGGUAACAAUAAAAUUUAAAGGAUUUCCCCCCCCAAGGCCCUGAAGUACUCCGCGAUAAAAAUUAAUGAGGAUUGAUCCAAACAUAUAUUUAUUUCAAAACGUGCGGUAUCAGCCAGGAAAUUCAAAUCGAAACUAAACAAUUUCAGUAUAAGAAUAUUUAAGGCUUAGCAUUCAUUCCCGACCAAGGAGACAUCGGUCAAAAUAAAGAGUCUCCGAUCAUAUUUUCAAACAACUGACAUUGCUUUGUUUUGCUUCUUUUUUUUUUCAUUACUAUAUUUUUACUCGAGGAAACCGGCCAUUCUCAAUUCUAGUCUCUUAAAAUUAACAACACAGAGCAAUUAAAACCACUCUUUAUAAUUUGGCUCAACCCCGUUACCUUGGCAUUGUAAUUUUUUCAUAUCCAUAUAAUAAAUAUUUCUUUACUCAGCAAUUGAAACCGUCGAAGGUGGCCACAUUUUGUCACGAGGAGACAACUGGGACUACAAAGGGUGUCAAUUCCUCUUUAUAGGGCACAAGCGAACCUCAGGAUGCCCACAAAUGUCUCUAUCAACCUGUUACAUCUACAAUGGAGCAGUCUGUUGUGCUGAGAAAUGCCCAGGUAAAAUAUCGUAGAUGUUGAACUGAUAUUCAUGGCCAAUUGCGAAUAAGAACGACGGUUCCGUUUGGAAAGAAAACGAUAUUAAGCACUUUUCAUAUUGAGAAGGUCAUUAAUGAUAAUAAGGAGUUAUUUACAAGGCAUUUGCUUUGUAAUUACCUCAUUUUUAAACCUAAGCGAACUUAAUGGACCAUAACAAUUACAACAACAACAACAACAACAACAAUAAUAAUAAUAAUAAUAGAGCAUUCCACAAGGUGGCUCGUCCUCUCCACUGUUUCCAGGUCGAAUUUAAAUCAGGAAUGUCUGUUUUUGUCGAGGGAGAAAAACUCUUGGAGCAAGGACGGGAAUCGAACCCAGGCCACAGAGGUGGGAGGCGAGCGCUCUCACCUCUGCACUAUUCCCACUCCCCGCUCUCCCUUCAUUAAUCCAAAUGAAUUAACAACAAUGUUAUGAUCUUUUUGGAACGAUUAUCUGCCAGUUUUCGAAAAACGAAAACCAAAGUUAUGACAACAGCCAAUUGGAAUCAAGUUGAGCAUCAGCAUUAGCCAAUGACAAUGCAAAGAAAUAAUUGACAAGAUGUUGCAAGCGUCGUGUGAUUGACACGAGUGAUUGACUGUUUUGUAUUUGAUUUGUACAUGCGGUGUGCGAGUUUUCCAGACCUAUCACAAAGUGUUAAGUGUAUUUAAGCAAAACCAUAGCAAUUACGAAUUUGCAUUCAGCAUUUAAUUGAAAAAUUGCUCUCAAUUUCUCACAGAAGGCGCGUUUUGUAAUUCAUAGAACUCCUACAACUUGCAAGUCAGGUGCGCUGGGGUAUGAAGGUGUGUCCUGGAGGACUUCAGUUGAUAGCCAGUGAUGAUCAGUGUGACAUUAUCGACCCGAGUUGCCUACCGGGAAACGGCUCCUGUAAAACGGGUAAGUUUAUUGAUUAGAGCGACUUCUAGGAUGCUUCGAUAUGGCCGGUCCAUCUUAAAAAAAUCUAGUCCUCAUUUUCAAGCUGUGUUAAUCUUCUCCAUUCUCAGCAGAUGUUCUUUAUUUCAGGUUAUUGCUACUUUCUUUGUUGUUCGACUACCCUAGCAAGCGGUAGUUAUAUAAAAGUUAUUUUACACAUAAUUUGAGGUUGGUCUUUAUGACGUUUGAGAUCAACAAAAAUACCGAGACAAAGGUCAUUGACAGAUCGUUGAAUGCAGAUUAAAAAAGGCAACGUAUAUCGCCGAACAGCUGCCGUAGUGACGUUCAAAUUUAUCUUUCACUAGUUUGUAUCGAACUGACUUAGGCUGUAUCAAAACGACUUAAUUUCUACGUGUUUUGAAUCGACUUUGUCGAUGUGUUGAAUCCACCUCUAUAGAAUCAAAUUUUAUCGAAACAACCGGACCCCUUCUCUUUUAUAACUUAGUCACAUUCCCUUAUCGAGAAUGGACGUGAAACAAAGUUUGUGAGCUCUCUUGGAGCAAAUGUCCUAAUUAUUAAACGAAAAAGUUUGUGCACUUUUGCAAUAAAACCAAUGUAUAGACGUCAGCGACAGUUAAGAGAGAAUAAGUUAAUGAGACUGUAUCCCUUUGUAGGUCCUAUUCCAAACGUUAUCACUUUUAAGUUAUAUUUAGACUUAGGUAUCUGGUCUUCCGAGACCAAUGUACAUUACUUAGUGUGUUGCUUGACUUAUCACUGAAGAACGCACAGAAGCCGUGUGGGAUCAAGGGACGUGCACGUGAGCAGAAUUAGCAACAUUGAAUUCACUAUUUUUAGAUCCGCCUGGAUCUCCAAGGGAAGUAUGCCAAAAAAUAGCCUUAGGGGAAGUACUGUAAGAUUAAACACCACAUGAGGAGAGAUUGGGGGGAAGGUUCCUUCUCUAAACUCACUUAUUUCCUGUGAAAGCAGAUUUUUUUCAGUCUAUCUGCUGACGAUUUGUUUCUCAGAUGACUUGUGUCAGGACGAGGAUGCAAAUACAUAUAUCAUUGGAAGCACCUGGUCUAUUGGUGACUGCAUCACCUGUUAUUGUCACAAUGGCGUUAUCUCGUGUUCUAAAACGCUGUCAGUCAUUACAUCCAAUGAAGAAAACACUGAGCGCUGUAGUCAACCGGAUUGUAACGUAGCGGCGUUUUUGAAAGCAAAGAGAGGAAUCUGUAAAGGCAAGUGAUUGUGACGGCAAAGCCAAAUACCUGCGUAAAAAUGAGGAACGAGGAUUUUUCAAAGAGCUCUCAUGUUGUAAUCACAAGAGCUGCAAUUAUUCUAGCUAAUUUUCUCUGCGAAUUAUCAUGUAUUUUGUACUUAAAAGCUUGUUUACCACCAUGACUCAUAAGAAAAUGACCACACUAAAUUUAACUUAUCCAUUCCCGUGUAAAUGAUUUUCCUGCUUUAUGUUAGUUUGCAUUUGGAGGAACCAAACCCAUCCGGAAGGCCACCGCUGGAAAGAGAAUGGAGUUGACUUCUUUUGCAGCUCAGAGAUGCAGAGAGUGAGGUCUGGAUGCUACUUGGAAGCUGGUCACGUGCGAUGUACAGGGGCUUUCAUAGGUUUGUUCCAUGAGCCAUUAACUAUCGAGACACCCAUCGUGUCAUAGGGACUUUAAGGACAUACAUUUCUUGCCCAGUAAAACAUGCUCCUUCAAUUUACUUUUGUUUACGUCCUCGCUGAGAUCUGUGGACGUCAAAAAAUAAUUAUUCUGCUAUGCCUCAGACAAAAGACUGUUCCGAAAUUCUUGAGGCUGUUUGUGUUUCUACAUUUUUCAGGAAUACGAAACUUAUCACUCAUAUCUGAUGAAAGACUGUACCUCUGUAAGAGUGGAGAUGAGAUAAGAUCACUUAACAACAGAUGUGAUCAGAAAUCAGACUGCAGCGACGAGUCUGACGAGAGAGAAUGCGUUCAAUGUAAGUAUAAAUACUAAUGAGUGAGACCUGGGAACUAGUCGUCAUUUUUCGCCUUUAGAAAGGGGUUCGGAGGAUAAUGUAGGAUCGCGUAGUUUUCUGAGGGAACGGAAGGGGAGAUCAGUUGCCGCUAAUAGAAUAUUGCAAAUAAAAAGGGGGAUUGUAGUAAAAUUGACUGCCAAUGAACUGCUGAUGGGAGGGGAUCAUAAGAAUAUUAAAGAGCCCUCUGGGGGAUCAGGUAAGUUUUAACGUGACAUUACAAAAUCUUCAUACCCCCCUCCUCCUCCCACCGCAAUUUGAGCUGCAACGCGCAAAAAAGAGAGAGAGAUAAAAAUGAGCAAAGAAGCGAAAAGAAACGACGAAGGUUGAGGAUGGAAAGGAAUGACAAUAUAUUGCUAAUAAGGAACUUGAAAAACUCUUCCAAGUUUGCUAAAAGCCAUAUGCGCAAAUCAGGUGAUACUUCCUAUACCCCAUGAAAAAGGAAAGGAACUAAUCUGAGCAAAAUUAAAACGGACCAUGGUCUUGAAGCGUAGGGAACAAGUAAAAAGAACCCAAAAAAGGUAUAAGUGAUGUCAGUAACAAGAAACAGACUGUUAGGUCAUAUAAAGGGAAGAGCGCGGAAGAUCGCCAAACUAGCUUUUGAUCGCAGUAAACCUUCAACUAAUGUCGAGUGCGCACCUCUAUUUUUAGGGACUGGUCAUCAUUGAUCACCCUAGUUGGGGAGAUGGUAUUGUUGGAUAAUUUUUGUUGUGUUACGAUAAAGUUUAAUUGAUACCCCAUAAGACUCCCUAGCAUUCUCAUGACCCCUACCUGGAACCCCCCCCCCCCCCCCCGAAAUCCUUCGACCCUCCUACUUUCCAGGCGAAAAAUAAUGACCGGCGUUUGAUCUUCCUAGUAUAAUAGUGCUGAUUAACAUCCUAUUCUGCAAUUUGAAGAUGUUGAUCAUAGAAGGAAAAAAGGCACUCAUGCCUUUCCAAGAAUAUUUUGUGUGAAAGCUGUUUUAAAAGGAACUUCGAAACAAUUAUUUCAGAUUUCUGUCCAUUUUGCACGAAGUUCAAUAUGUACUGGGAAAGAACUGCCCUGAAUGAGAUUGUUGCAAGGAACUGUUCAGAGGUGGAUCCAGAAUUAGGAGGUAGGAAAAAUGUUUUGAUACGCUUCGUCGAAAAAUUAUUUUAUGAUGGUACUUAACACAAAUUUAAUUCCUAAGAUAUGAUUAUUAAUUCUCCCCUUAAGCUUCCACGCGUUACCUUGUUAGUAAGCUAUAAGAAUUUGGUGUGAGAUGAAGGCAACAUUUUCUGUCUGUUAAGUCUGAGUAUUCUCAUUACCUGUUCUCUGGGUAGUGUAUGUAUAUUACAGGAAGAAGUUGCAUCUUAAUCACAUCUGGGAUUGAAAGGGUUAAAAGGGAACGAUAUAACUCCUAGAAGUCAAAAGCAGUGCCCAGUUGUACGUAGAAAACAGUUUCCUGCUUUGGUGCACUUCACAUGGCAUUUUUUUUCUCCGAUAAAGGAGUAUGUGCACUUGGGUGAGGAGAGCACUUCCUGAAAAGUCAGUAACAUUGACCGAAGCUCCAACUAAUUUAUCGUAAAAAGGAAGUGAAUUUAAUAUAUUAAAGUUCACACGGCAACCAGGUGGACAAUCAGACAUAGUUUGAAGCUACACUGGUUUGCAGAUUUAAUGAAUGUAACCGAAGAAGUUACAAUUCAUAGACCCAACGUUUCGACACUCCUGUCUAGUGCCUUCAUCAGGGGUGAUCUAAGCGCUGCAAAAAGAGGUCCUUUUAUAUGAUCACUAAUUAGCGGCCUUUUUUUCUGACGAGGUGUAAAUAGGCGUCAGGAAGCAGACCGCCAUCGUCACGAUUUAAAGGAGCGUGGGCGGAGUUAAUGUGCCAUGCCUCCAAACAAAGGCGCUGGUGGUAACGCCGAUUAGUGGUGAUAAUUGCCAAAAACCAGUUACAAAUAGUAACGCUCUUGAUGAAAGGGAACCAGCGACUGGUUUUGCUGUUAUUCCUUACAUACAGGGUGUUACUGAACCCAUCAAGAGAAUUUUGAAUAGCCACAACGUUAAAGUUGCUCAAAAAACCUUUUCAGACUUUGGGGCAUAUUUUCGCCAAACCUAAGGAUCCUGUCACGAAAGAACAACGAACCGACGCCAUUUAUUCUAUUCCUUGCAAUGACUGCGACAACGAAUACAUCGGACAGAGCACCAAAAAGCGGUUUUUCUUUGCAAAAAGGAAAAUUCAGCUUUAUCGGAGCAUACUUGCCUAACCAACCAUACAAUUGGGUGGGAUAAUUCUAAAAUUAUCACCACUAAUCGGCGUUACCACCAGCGCCUUUGUUUGGAGGCAUGGCACAUUAACUCCGCCCACGCUCCUUUAAAUCGUGACGAUGGCGGUCUGCUUCCUGACGCCUAUUUACACCUCGUCAGAAAAAAAGGCCGCUAAUUAGUGAUCAUAUAAAAGGACCUCUUGUUGCAGCGCUUGGAUCACCCCUGAUGAAGGCACUAGACAGGAGUGUCGAAACGUUGGGUCUAUGAAUUGUAACUUCUUCGGUUACAUUCAUUAAAUCUGCAAACCAGUGUAGCUUCAAACUAUGUCCGAAGUGAAUUUACUUUGACUAUCAUUUCGUUUAUCGAAAUCUCAGUCAUGCGCCUUGGCCAGUGACAGUAAAUGUCUUUCCUCUCCAGGAGGAUUACGUAACCCAAUCAGUUGUUAUUCCAAGGUUCAGGCUUUGUUCAGUGCUUGUGGUAACUUUUCUACUAUAUCCUUUCAUUGUGUAAACCCGAUACAAAAUUGAAUUAGAUCUAGGGAGCUUGCUGUAAGCCUCAGGCAUUCUCGUAGGCUGACAGCAUUUGCUGUUGGUGGUACUUGUCAUUCAAUAAGACUUUGAAUCACCAUCAUUGGAGUAUCAAGAUAGGAUUAAUAUUGUUUGUGCCUCAGCAACGUGCUUUUCAUUUGUUUAUUUUUAUUUGACCACAGGAAAUUUCACGAACCGUUGUUCUUCACCGUAUGGUGAUAUGACAAAGUGGAGUUUCAAAGAAAGCUGUUUUUGCGAAAAAAAAUCUCUCCGUCAAGAAUUCAGGCAUAAAGUAUGUAGUAGCUUGAUUCCAAUGUAUUCUAAUCCGCGGUUGUUUGAAACGCGAUACAUGACUCAAUUGGAAUAGCAAUUAAUAAAUCAUGUUUGUCUUAAAGUUCAUCGGGUAAACAACUGAUUUUACUGGAACUAAUAUAAGGCUUCUUUCCAUUCACUUUCAGCUAUCCAUAGUGAAUCUAACAAACAUUUUGGAACUAACAAGAGCAUUUGUGAACAAAGCCACUAACUUUACAAACAAAGAACUGUUCUUUAAUUAUCUGAGUCUUUGGUUUAAAAGUGGAGCUCUCCUACUAAAUCCAGUCAACCAUUCCAACGAUAUGGUGGCGCUCAAUUUCUCACAGGUACGAAUUUCAGCCUUAGUCAUUACCAUUACAAUUUGCUCAAAUGUGAUGGUGCAUCAGCUGCUUUAUAUUUCACUAAUCACUCUGUACAGUUGUCAUCGGACAGUUGGCUGUAAUCGGAUACCUGUAAUCGGACAUCUGAAGCAGCCAAUCAUGCUAAGUCCACUCAGCUAAAUCCACCAAUCACAGAAUUGAUCACAAUAACUAUAGUAACAACCACUUACCCUGAAAAGAAAACUGGGUAAUUUCCAAUUUUUUUUGCUUUAGACAUCGUCCCUACUGGAGAUGUUUGUCCUAAAUUUUUUUUUCGGAAAUUGUAAUGGUUAUGAUUAAUUAAUUGAUAACUGGACUUUGUGUCGUCCAAUUCUGUUUGCAAUCAUACUCGUGAUUGACAAAUCGGACUCCCGCCACGUCCGAUUUUGUUAAUCACUCGUACGACUACAGACCGAAUUGGACUCCACUCGGUCCUAUUACCAUUAUUUAUUACUAAAUGACAGACUACACGUUCUUUGUCAGUUUGAAGUUACAUACGCGCCUACUAUUUUAACCAAGAACAUAGGAUUUUUUUUUAAUAAAUCAAAUAUUGAUUUAUCUACACAAGUUAUCAAAGAAAUAAAUAAACCUCUUAUGGACCAGUCGCGUUUAAUCACCUUGGGGCGGGGGGUCGGAAGAGUUUGGGAAUUUAAUUCUUUUCAGGGGGAACGGGGAGGGGGAGAAAUUAGUUGUCGCUAACAGAGUAUGUUAGGGAUGACCAUAAAAGAUUGACUGCCAGUGCGAGAGGUGGUGGGGUCAUUAGCAACACUACAGAGCCCGGGAAUCAUAUUGUGACAUAAAAUCCUGUCCCACCCCAGCGAUAAAUAAUGACCGCUCCCUUACUGGAUUUCAAAAUGCAGAUCCAGAGGGUAGCCUUCUUCAAUGAUUGUCUGGGGGUUCAUUUUCUAAUUGACCACUUAUAGGAUUUCGAAUUAUGAGCCUUUCAUAUAUAUAUUUUCUAUCUCUUAAGGCCAUAUUCCAAACAACUCAAACUGAAAACGUUUUCAAGGCUCACUCAGACUCCUUUUGUCCUAAAGAAGUGGUAAGCAUGCAUGAAACAUACUGUAGAAUAAGAAAACGCAAAGCUAAAACAUGCAUGCAAAUAAACAAAUAACAUAAUAAACAACAUGUGAUAAGACUUCUGAUUUGAAAGUAAUAUUCCAUCCAAGGGCCUUGUUCAUAAUUAUUGUAACAAAAUUAACCAACUUUAUCAUAUCUAUAAGUCAGUGCGUGCGCUUUGAUUGGGUGAUUUAACGGGUCGUAUUUCACUGUACAGGCCUUUUAAUUCAAAAUUUUGUUUAAAUUGAAAUCUUGCACCUCUACUUGAAUUCAGAGAUAGUAUAGAAAUCUUGGCUAACCUCGUUUUCUCGGUCCGCACUGCAAGUUACGAAACCCCGUUUUUCUGCUCAGAUUUAUAAACAGGAGUGGAAAAAAAAACUCUGUCUGUAACUUAUACUACCGACCUCGAACUCGGUUAGGAUGAUGAGGUAAGUGUGGCACACACCUUUAAAGGUGCUAUGCUACAUCACUUUUUUUUUUUAAGGGUUUUUUUUUACCGACGUGGACGAGCACCAAAGCUAGAUGGCUUUAACCAAUUCGAAUUAAUCGCCAAAGACGAAAAUUUACAUGGUGACAAAUGUGAUAACGAUAAUGAAGAUGAUCAAAUCAAUUUCCUCUGUUCCGGAUUAUGAGAAUUAAUGCAGGACAAAUGGGAUUGGGAAUGAAUAAUGAAAUGGGAAUAAGGAAAUAGGAUUUCAGCGAUGGACAUUCCAAAGGAUGGCUCUUCUUCUCUACUGUUUUGAAAAUUUUGUUUUGUUUUGAAAUGUUGCUUUUUGAAGCCAGAAAACUGGAGGAAAACCAUCGGAGCAAGGACGAGAACCGACCAUGAUUAACUCAACCCACAAGUGAAGCCAGAAUCGAAACAAUAUAUGGGUGGGCGGAGAGCGCUCUCAUCACUGCACCAUCCCUGUUUCUUCAAACUGGAGUGGAAAAAUUUCUAGCUAUGCAAAAAAUUGUACCGAAACUUUGCCAUGAACGUGGGUUUCUAUGGAUGGCGAACUUGUUAAGGUCACUAAAUUGUUACUUACUGUCUUUGUUGUUUUCGCAGACCUACUCACAGCGCUGGUCAUUAAUACAAGAUAUCAAGGAGUUUAUUUGCCGGGCCUCAAAUCUGACGCAUACCUUCCGGUUUUGUUUCACUCUAAGAUCGUUGAAAUAGUAAGUAAAGCAAAGAAAUUCUAGUUUAAACUAGACUGGAAAUACGUGAAGCAAUGAUCCUAGCAGGUGUACGGCAAUUAAGGUAGAUUUCGAUGAAAAUAACCCAUUCUGUUGUGACAGAGCAAUUAGCAAUCAUACGUCAUCUGGAAUUUAACUACUCCUUUCUUACUUUGCCUUCGUUGGUUUCGAGACCCGGGCCAAACUCUUAACCAAUCAGAAUCACCAUUAAAACCAAUCGUAACAAAUCACUCGCGUUUUCCCGCGCUCCAGACAGCUUGAAUUCUCAUUGUCUCCCCGUAAUAUUUUCCUCUCCCCUUUUGGCUGUUAGUAUCUAGUUUUCAUUUUACGAUACCCAUGGAAAUGCUCUCACGGUUUUAAGAACAUUACAUCGGCAGAAAUAUUGGACAAGAUGGCGGCCGGGCUUGCGCAUUUCGUCCAUAAUGGCGUCCAAAUAAUAUAAGAAACUGUAUGGAAAUUUGUAAAAUUUCUAAAAUAUAACAAUCAGGAGCUCAUGGUCCCGUCUGCUCUCGAUCGAGACAUAUUCAGUACUGAUUCUGCUAUUCAUCAAACCUCACAGGGACUCGAUAAAUAAAAACCACUUACUUCCCGAGCCAGUUCUUUUGUCAUUGAUCAUUGACCUAGGUCGCCCUACAGUUCUUCAAAAUCCGUCGUUCUCCAUCCCAAACACUCGCCUAUUACAGGAAAGUGCAUCAAUAAAGUCAACUGCUCUCUAUCGAAUUGACUGCUACAGAGUUUGAAGCGUCCAAAUAUCCUGUAAAAUUGCCAUUUCCUCCCAUCAAAAAAGUUCCCAACGCGCCAGAAUAUCCCUUAUUUUCCAUGUUGAGUAAGUGACAAGACGCCAUGUUGAAAACUAUGACUGAAAUAGUUAAACACGAGCAACGCUGAUCUUCGAAUCGUCGGCCAUAUUUGUUUAUGUUCUUGCAGGGAAAUAAAUUAGUUCUCGGUCCUUUUCGGAAUAAAAAUAUGCCAGGCAUUGAAUGCACAUUCAGUAGUCUUAGCGCGAAAAUUAAAUUAGAGCAAAUCAAAAUUCUGACAUUAUGUCAUCGCUCUACCUCGAAAAAUCCCAAAGAUUUACUUGCAGGUCUUCUUUUCUUUUUCUUUUCAUCAAAUAGAAGAUCUGCGGUGCUCAAAUUGUAUAAGUCAUGGUACGAAACACUCUUCUUUGCAGAUCGAGCCGUGAUCGCCGCCAUAUUGAAUUCUCUUGAUAUUCUAUUGUUCCGGUGUGUAAUACGAUAUACCGCUAAUAAUUGUUAGCGGGCUCGAAAUGUCCUUGAUUUCAGGCGAUGAAUUAUAAAGAAUGGACUCAUUCCUUAUUCAUUCCAUGUUUUCAUGACAUCUGUUCUCGCAUACUUCUGUAUAUCCUAUAGUGUAACUAUAUCUGAUAGUCGUCCAUACGUUGGAGAAAGCAACAUGGGCCAUGGUCCUCCUGGUGUAACUAUCUUUUGGAUGCGACCGGUUUUUAAUCUGAGGAUUGAUCCAAACCAGCUGUCCUCAGGAAGUGAUACUGUCAGCUCCCCUUCACUUCCUCCGGGAAACAUCACUGGCGAGGCAAGUAAUACACCAAAGAAAAGAGGCCCCCGCGAAUUCUAACGUAUGAGGGAAACUGAAAAAAUCCUUUUGAGGGAAAUGACCUCAAGGUCACAUUUCAGUUGGGAUCUUUUUGUUUAUUCUCUCAAUCCCAGGGGUAUCGACCACAAAGAAAGUUUUCACUUCAACAUCCCCCUAUUUUUAAUAAUAAUAAUAUAUGUGCUGAUAGGAACCAUGGGAUAUCAAUUGAUCAGUUUCAUACUCAACUCUAAAGCUUAUCGAACCCACUCUAAUUUUCUUUAAAAUGACCUUUUUUACGAGAGCAUAUCCAUCUUAUAAAGCGAAAGUUAAGGUGGAAAGCUUUGAUUCAAAGAACACCUCCUGUUUUUUCUCUCACUAGAUGAAUUUCAGUCGCGUCCUUGUUCCUCUUCAACGUUUCAACUGCACUUGGAUUGAAUAUGAUGUAAGUCAAAUAACUUGAAUUAUAAAUAAUAAAGAGUUAGAUCGUUGGUGCUGAGGGGGGGAGGGGUAGUAUACGACAUUCAUUCUUUUAUGCAGCAAAUUAGUGGCCAGUUGUCAAUGUUACAGAAACUUUCCUUGGUUAAAUCUGUCAAAUUUCUUUUUCAGGUAAAUGGAACGUUAAAAAUCACAGCUAGGGAAGUUAGAGAUGAGGAAAAAGAGAGGAAAGCUAUGGCUAAAACUCACCUGGAUCUCGUUCUCAGCAGCAUUUCUACAGUGGUUGUUAUAAUUUGCUUAAUACUGCUUUCCUGCCUAAGGUGCUCAGUCAGUUUGAUACUCAGAAGUGUGACUAAUAUGCCCAUCAAUUUGAAGUUUUAGCAUCCCCCGGGCACCUUACUGGCAUUUGAAUGUCGUCCGUGGCCGGGGGAGGGGAAUUUGAACCUUGCUUGGGAUGGGGUGGGGCAUUUGAACGGCAAGUGCCAAGUCUUAUUAACGUAAUACACGUCUUUCAAAGGAGGAUUUUAAAGGUAAAGAGCCUGCUUUCGUGAGCUUUUUCGAGCACAAGUUUGGCUUGGGGGGGAGGGGGAUUUGAAGACGCUAAUCUUCUAAAGUUCAAAUGCCCGAACGGGAUAUUGAAGCUUCGAAUUGAUCGAUGCAUAACACAGUAGUCGGACUGCCUGACUAACGACUUACUGGUGGACUGCCUUACUGGCGGACUGAUUGUCCGGACUGACGAUUGACGGGCUGAAUGACUCAGCCAUCAACUAUCUGACUAACUAAUUGACUGACCGGCUGGCUGGCCGUCUGACUGAUUGACCAACUGUCGGACCGAACGACUGACUGACUGACCAACUGACUGACUGACUGAUGGACUGACUACCGUCUGACUGGCGGACUGGCUCACUGACUAACUUAGCGACUAAAGGACUAACUUGUUCGCUUACUGCCGUACGUACAAACGUGGACUGACUUCCGACUGAUUGACCAGUAGUUAAUAUAUAUAUAUAUAUAUAUAUAUAUGACCAGCUGAACUUUACUCAGCAACUGAAUUACUAACAUAAACAUGAAUUGAAGAUGAAGUACCGUCUAUAAAGCUAACAGAAUGACCUCUUUUCUAACACAGGAUAAGAAACUCCGAGAGAAUAUUUGUUCAUAAAAACCUUUUAAUAUCCAUAUGCCUGGUUUACAUCCUGAUGAUCUUGGACUCGUAUAUUUUUACAAACAGGAAGCAGACACCGGUGAGUUUAACUGAUCCUGAUUCUUAUUAGUUCUGAUAACACUUAAAAAAAAUCCCGGUAUAAGAAAUGUACGUACUGUGGCACGAGCAGGGUCGGGAAAAGUCGCACAGCCCAGCGUAUGUCCCCGCGAGCUGUGAGGAUGAAAAUAUGUAAGAAGAAAGGAAGAACGAGAAAGACGGUAGUCUUACGCUUAAAUGUGUAUCGACUGGCAAGGUCGGGUUAGACGGGAAAAUAUUUGGCUCUGCGGGUCAUGCCGUGUGGACCAGGCGCAGCGAAGUCCGUAAGUUGUCACCAUGAGCCAAAUAUUUCCCGUCCGGCCCUCCCGCUCAGACAAUAAGAACACACUGUUUCCUUAAUAGCUUGUAGCAAAUCUUGCAGGCCGGAGCCCAUACUCCUUGAUUUAUUUGAAUUUUUUGCAGCUUGAAAAACCAGAGUAACAUGGCUGUUUGAUUUUAAGUACCUAUACAUUCCUUUCUUUUUUUUUUCUUUAUGAUAUUGUAGAAAUUAUGUUCAGCUAUGGCUGUCCUCCAACAUAUAACACACACCGCUAUUUUCACGUGGAUGUUGGUUGAAGGAAUUCAUCUUUACAUCAAGCUGGUGAAAGUUUUUUCAGUCCACAAGCUCUACAUCACAUACAUUGUCAUCGGGUGGGGUAAGGCUCUGGUGACAGCUUUUAUCAUCUCUCUCAUUCAGUACAUGCACUAUGAUUGUUCAGCCCAACGGACCCUAGCGGUCCAUCAAUCAUUGUACUGCCCUCUAAACUCAAAAUGUUGUUUGAAUUUAAAUCUUCCCCCUCUUUUUAAUCCCAGAGUUUUAGUAACUAUCUCACUAACCUCGUUUUCUCGGUCUGUACCGUAAGUGAUAGAACCUGUUUCAUUUUUUUUCGCUCCAAUCUAUAGCCCGUUUUUUUAGCGUUUGGGCCAAAAGUCCGAGUGAAAAGAACUCGGUUCAUAACUUGCAGUAAAGACCGUGAGAACGAGGCUACUAAGAGGAAUAUAACUUAGAUGCUAUACCUCAGUCUUGCCUUAUAUAAUGUAGUGUCUUGUGUUAUCAUGGUUUUUCUCUUUUUAUGGUGUUUGACGCGACAUUAAGUGCGGUGUGUCCACAUAUAGUAGUUCUGCAACAUUACUGCCGUUUGACAUGGGGAUCAUAACCGGAAGGAAUCUUUUGUUUACAAUCAGAUUAACCCAUAACCAGGGGUACUUUAAUCUGGGAUUUCACAGUAUACUAACCUCCUUUGACCACAGGUCUACCAGUUGUUGUUGUGGGUCUAAUAGCAGCCAUCAGACCUGUGACAUAUGAUAUGAGUAAGACAUACUACAAGGACGUCAUGUGUGGAUCACUGAAACUUUCAGCGGAGAUUAUACGUGACAGGUUGGUAUAACUCUACAACUUCCUCGAUCAGGACCAUUAACUCUUUAUUCUAACUGCUACACCUUUUCUUUUAAGAGGCCCAUGUGCUUGAUUUAUAAUGUUUUGAAUGUCUGUUCCUUUAAUUUUUUCGGAUUGUAAAGGUUUGGUUCACAAACUCCUCUAUAUCAAUUUUUCUAUUACUGUUUUUUUCCUUUUUUUGCAACAAAACGGAACGUUCUUAGUAAAUAAGUUAAAAUUCAUUGAUCCGCUUUCCUUUUUCCUUACUUAGUCAUAUUGGAAUAUUGUAAUCUUUUCAAGGUGCUGGCUUAAUGACGGUGAAUGGCUGUAUAAAGGACCAAUCUUGGCAAUUCUCGUGGUAAGCUCAAAUUUCUUUCCCAAAUCAACUUUGAAGUCAUUGUUUGAAUGUCUUUUGAAAAGUUCAGCUUUUUUCUUCGACAAUUGAUUAUUUAUCACCGAGGUGGGACAGGGGUGGAGAAUUUUAGGAGAUCUCAUAACUUUCGGGGGUAACGGAAAGGACUGAGUCGUCGCUAACGGAAGAGGAAUCAUGAGAAUAUUACAUCGCCAGGGGGUCAGGUAAAUUUAUCAUUACACAAACAAAAUCCUCCGGACCUUCCCCCCCCCCUUCCUUACUCCACCCAGGGCGAUAAAUAAUGACCAUGAAGACCUUUAUGUCUGUUUCUUUUGAGUUCUCGUUUAGCUCUUUUGAUAAUUUCCUUUGUUCUGCUGCGCCGUUUCGACUUAAGUGGCUGGGUUUUGUUUUUAAAUCCAAAAGUAUUCUAAAAUCGAGCUUUUUCUGUUCUUCAAACGACCAAUCAGAAUUUUUUUUCAGAGUCAAACAUUUUUCAAUUUUUCAUUUCCAGGUCAAUGUUGUGAUAUUUGUAAUUCUGCUGAGAGUGAUCUUCACCAAGAUAUCGAAAAAAUAUCAGACUGAUAAUGUAGAGAAGACCAGGCAAGUUUCUUCUUUUGUUUUCUCGUUCCUGUUUCCUUUUUUUUUUUUCAAUUUGCUAACGAUCGAUUAAAAAAGUCAGAUUUGUAUUGUAUAUGUGAUCUUUUUAAUUAACAAUGCCUUUUAACCAGAUGCAUUUAACCAAGGUAUUCGCGAAGGACCUAUAGAAAGUGGCAAAUAUGUUUUUUCCCAAGUGCGCAUAGAGUAGGAAAUGGUGUUUAGAAGUAUUUGGGAUUAACAAAUGGAAAAGUGUGUUCCUAUAGCGCCUGAUUGGUUAAUGUGCUGGACUAUGGAUCUGGAGGUCUGGUUUCGAAACCUGACCGCGUCAUUUUUUUUUUUGCUCCUGGGACAGACACUGAAGUCUUGCGGAGCCUCUCUCCUUUCAUGAACUUCAGAAAAACUUGACAAAUUGCAGGGGGGGCUAACCUGCAAUGGACUUUCCAGUUGAAAAAGCAAUGCUCUCCUACAUUCCGUUUCCAGAGAAACUGGGAUAAACUUCAGCAGUGGUUCCCUGACUCUUUGAGGGUUUGGCAGUCAAUAUUCCCCCCCCUUUACACUCUAUUGGCGACAACUGAUCUUACUUCCGUUCCCGCUGAAAACCUUGUGAUACCUCCAAAAAAUUCUCCGACCCCCUUCCCCUAGUGAUCGUUCCCCUAAAGUUUCCUUUCAUCUUACAGAAAAGGAUUGAGGAGCAUCGCAGCUCUACUGCCCCUGUUGGGUGUCACGUGGCUGCUGGGGUUUUUCAUCCACUGGAGUGAAGUCCUUGCGUAUUUGUUCAUCAUACUCAACUCGACCCAGGUACGCACGGUUCUAUGUGCUCCACAGUUGCUGAUAUUCAUCAAGUUUGCCUCAUUCGUGUUCCUUUUAAUUCUUAUAGGGUUUGGUGUUUUGUAUCUUCCAUGGCUUCUUGGAUGACCAGGUAUUUUCCAACUUUACAUGUGCAGCUUUGGUGUAAGUUUGAUGCAGAAUAUCGUAUUCUAUUGUAUUCCUUGUGGUGACCCUCUGAAUUGAUGGCUUAUGCGAUAAAGCCGCGGCACUCAGAACUUUAAAUAUAAUUUUCUAUACUUGUUUGUUGCAGCGUUUAUUGCAGUGUCUCUUUAUUUGUUACAAUAGGUGAGAGAGAGUUUGCUCAGAUCCAUUAGAAGGACACGAUUAGGAAUGAUGGCCCAAAUUGGGAGAUCAUCUAUUGUAUCAACAACUACUCAGUUGUCACCUGGAGGUAUAAGUUCUUAUUAG